AUCACAACAUAUAAAAAAAUCUCAAAAAUAAAAUUGUACAAGAUCCCGAAGCAACGCUCGGGCCAAUUAUCUAAUAAAUUAUAAUCAAUUGUUUUCUUUACCCUCGUAAAAUAAUGAAUGAUCCAUUUAGUUCUAACUUCCAAUCUUAUCCUAUCUAAUCUGUUGGAUCAACAUAUCAUCUCCUACUGAAAUAUUUGUGUCAUCCCUACCUAAAAGUUAUCGGUGUCCGACCACAAGAUGCCGUGGGCCUCAUUUUUAGCAAAGGGAAAUAGAAAACGUGGUGUGGGCUAGCUACUCGAUGGCAUUUUCAUGUGCCUGAAAUAGACGAGGCGUUGCUGCAGAAUUUGUCGGCGCCAACGGGAAAUCCUCGACCCGUCCAUUGUCAUCAGCCACACCCGAAUUGCCUUUUCAAUUGGCCUUUUUUUUUUUAUUUUUAACAUUGUGGUCAUAGUAAAUAUUAAAUAAAUGAGCUCAUUUGCUAAUACGAAAGUUAAACUUUUGUCUAGGUAAUCAGUAAACCGGUAUUCAGUAUUACUGGAUAUUUGUACCGAAUACGGACGGUAUAUGGUAUAUCGAAUAUCGACAGUAUUGGUAUUCAAUGGUGUAAUUUGGCAUAACGAUAUACCGGAUAAUACCCGGUAAUAUACCGACGGUAAUCCGAUAUACCGGAAUACCGAAAUAGCACAAAUCAGAGGACAACUAUAGAUGGCAAGCAAAGAUUCUGAAGACAUAAGAGAACUGGGAUCAUCUUUGUAUUCCAAGUCCCAAGCAUCCAUUUAGCACAGUUGAUGAUACCUCUUGAAAUUGGUCAUUUGGUCACUCUUUUUCUUUUGCUGCAGCAUCUGAAACCAAAGGCCAAAAACCUCUGUAGCAACACCAAGCCUAGUGAAGAUACUCAAAAUGUAGAGAGAGCAUACAAGCUCUACAUAUUCCAUUUUUGGACAUUUCUCUACAUAUUAAAAAAUAUUACAAUCCAAAAGGUUUAUUUUCAGCAAAUUUAGAACUCACAAUUCAAUGACUCUAGUUUUGGAAGAAAACGAUCUAUCCGAUAUCCUGUAUACCGGUUAAAAUACCGGUAAUCGACUAUCCCAUAUCCGGUAUAUCGAAUAACUUUCGGUAUCGAUAUUCAACGACAAAAUUUAAAUUGUCGGUAUACCGAAUACCGACUAUUCCAAAUACCGACCGAUUACCGCCCAUACUUUUGUCACCUACUAUUCUCUUUGGUUUUGUUUCUUUGUUACGGUGCUUCUCUUUUACCUAUGCAACAAUUGGAGAUUGAGUGCUCCCUUCACAUAUCUGUAUCUUUGUCCCCUGCCUCUUGGUUGAGGAGUCUAGUGUUAGACUAACUCCAACCCAAAAGGUUAUAUUUAGCCUCUCAAUCUCUCAAAUGUGCAUUUUUACCUUCCAAAAACACAUUUUUGCUCCAACCCUAAACUUUCUAAAUUUGCCUUCUCAACUCAUAACCAACCAAUCAAAAAUUAAGAAAGUAAAAAUAAAAAUAAAAAUAAAAAUGUUGGAAAGUGGAGGGCCCCAGCGUGUUGGCUUGGGUUCAUGGUUGGUCCCCCACCUUCUCAUUGCAUUUUUCCAUAUGAGCUUCUAUCUAUCCAUGCCCAAGCCCACUUCUCCAAAUUUGCAAGCCAAAUAAUUGGUGGGUUGGAAAUGAAAAAAAGCCAAAAACCUCCCUUUCUCCAAAUUUGCAUGCUUGGGUUGGAGAUAGUCUUAAAAAAGAAAAGGCUCCCUCUUUUGGCCUUUUGCUGGCUAAACAAAAAAUGGAAAAUAUACCUCUUUUCCAUUUGUGCCACUAAAGUCCAAAUGUGUCCCUACAAACAUUACCACGAAAUUAACACCAAAUAAAGGUGGUCUCCUUCCUCUAAUUCCACAAGCAAAUUCCUUCGCAAAUUCCAUUUGGUAAACUAGUCUUUGGAUAAUGCAUAUACUUCCCAGGCCGGUUGACUCAACAAUAAGACUUAAUGUGAACACUGACACAAGUGUUCAAACGGACCUUACUAGUAUUGGAACACAGUUUGUAUCAUAUAAUAAUAAACUAUUACAGUACUUAGCAAUUUCUUUUCCAUAUAGAAAACCUCCCUAACAACAACCAUGACCAACACAAGUACAUAACGACAUGGUAGCUAAGGUGGGAAUCCGCAUAGCAACUUCCAAGUCAAUUUCCCAUUCCACAGUUUCACACAAUUUCCGAUACUAUAAUAUAUUCUGUGAAUUCACGAGACGUAUACCGACCAACUGCCAGGGGUGUGCGACGGUCACAUUCGAACCAGAUCAGACUCCUGAGAAUUGCGGUCCAAUAGCAAAAGACAUCUUACGACCAAAGAUCAGAUCAACAAUGCAUUUGAUCUGGUCCAAAUAUCAAUUCAUUCCACUUUUCCACAUAUUUAUAAAAUUCAGCGACCAAACCAAACCAUAUCAUAUUAUAUUCAAUUUGGUAUAAUCCGAUUAAUACGUAAGUUUGAUCCAGAAUAAACCAAACAGUCGCACACCUACCAACUAGGGGUGGCCGUUCGGUUACCGGUUAACCGCUCGGUUAAACCGGUAACCGAAGCAACCAAACUUUGGUCGGUUAUCGGAGGCUAUACGAAAUGGUUUUUGGUCUUAAAAGUGAUUUGGUUAACCGAUAACCGAGAAACCGAAACCUAUUUCGGUCGGUGUUCGAUAGGGGUGGUGGUUAUUUCGGUUAACCGAUAACCGAUCGGUUUGCAAAGAAAGUGAAAGGCAAUGAGGAGGAAAAUCAAGUGGGUACUAGGGAUCAUGGAAUUCAUCUUGGGUAUUAGGAUUUCUUAGUUUAUUUUUGGAGUUGGUAGUAGGGGUGGCAGUUCGGUUAUUUCGGUUAUAACCGGUAACCAAUCGCCCAAGAUGAAUUCCAUGAUCCCUAGUACCCACUUGAUUUUCCUCCUCAUUGCCUUCCACUUUCUUUGCAAACCCUCCCACCCAAUAAUUAACAACAACCUUAAAGAAAGUAAUAAGCUCAAUUAAAGAAAUUGGAAGUUGACUUGACCCAUCAAUCCAUGGAACUUGCUAUGUAGGUGGUUGGUCAGUCAAAUUACUCCCCCACUACCCAUGCACUAAACAAACUAAAGAGCCACCACCCUCCAAAUCCAACACAAUCUCCCUAUAAAUAGCCUCACUCUCACCCCUAACUUCCCAUCACUCACUCCAAGUCUCCAACCUCAAAUUCACUUUCCCAACACAUGGAGAUGAACCUACUAGCCGCCGCCUGGCUUGCCACCGCCGCCGUCCUCCUCCUCACCCUAUGGCUCCGCCGCCGCACCUCCCACUCCCGCUCCACCCUCCUCCCACCGCCGCCGGGCCCAAAGCCCUGGCCCAUCAUCGGCAACCUCAACCUCAUCGGCCCACUCCCUCACCGCUCCCUCCACGCCCUCUCCUCCCACUACGGGCCCAUCAUGCAGCUCCGGUUCGGGGCCCACACCGUCAUGGUGGGCUCCUCCAUCGACCUCGCCAAAUCCAUCCUCAAGACCCACGACCUCGCCUUCGCGGGCCGGCCCGAGAUCGCGGCCGGAAAAUACACCACCUACAAUUACUCCGACAUCACGUGGUCCCAGUACGGGCCCUACUGGCGGCAGGCCCGCAAGAUGUGCCUCACCGAGCUCUUCAGCGCCAAGCGCCUCGCCUCCUACGAGUACAUCCGCAAGGAGGAGCUGAAUUGGGUCAUGAGGAAUUUAUUCGGGUCGGGUGGAAGCCCGGUCAAUUUGAAGGACCACUUGUCUGACCUCAGCUUAAACGUCAUCAGCCGGAUGGUUUUGGGGAAAAAGUACACCGGCGUGGCGGCGGCGGAAGGGGAAAUUGUGACCCCCGAGGAGUUCAAGGAGAUGCUCGAUGAGUUGUUUUUGCUGAAUGGGGUUCUGGAUAUCGGAGAUUCGAUUCCUUGGCUGGCGCCGUUGGAUCUGCAGGGGUACCGGCGGCGAAUGAAGGCGGUGGCGAGGAAGUUUGACCGGUUUUUGGAGAGGGUUUUGGACGAGCAUAACUUGAAGAGGAGGAGUGGUGGUGGUGGGAUGUUGGCGGAGGAGGAUUUUGGCGCGAAGGAUAUGGUGGAUGUGUUGUUGGAGCUGGCGGAGGAUCCGGAUUUGGAGGUGAAGCUUGAUCGGAGGGGGGUUAAGGCGUUUACUCAGGAUAUGAUAGCAGGCGGAACCGAAAGUUCAGCAGUGACAGUAGAAUGGGCGAUCUCGGAGCUCCUGAAACACCCGGAAGCCUUCAUUAGGGCAACAGAGGAGCUUGACAGGGUAGUCGGAAAGGAGCGUUGGGUCGAGGAGAAGGACGUAGCCAACCUGCCAUACAUCAACGCGAUUGUGAAAGAGACGAUGCGGCUGCACCCCGUGGCGCCGCUGUUGGUUCCUAGGCUGGCUCGAGAGGACGUCGAGCUUUCUGGCUACCGGGUCGCGAAGGGCACCCGAGUUCUAGUCAAUGUUUGGACCAUCGGGAGAGACCCCACCAUCUGGGACACUCCCGAAGAGUUCCGUCCCGAGAGGUUCAUCGGGAAGGACAUCGACGUGAAAGGUCACGAUUUCGAGCUUCUGCCUUUUGGCGCUGGAAGGAGGAUGUGCCCCGGGUACCCGUUGGGGAUCAAGGUGAUUCAAGUCAGUCUGGCCAGCCUUCUUCAUGGGUUUAAGUGGGAAUUGCCUAGUGGGAUGAAGAGGGAAGAGUUGAACAUGGAAGAGAUUUAUGGGCUCUCUACUCCUAGGAAGUUCCCUCUUGUUGCUGUUGCUCACCCUAGGCUUCCCCUUCAUCUCUACAAAAACUGAUCUUGAGGUCCACUCUCUAGUGAGCUGUAGUCAUGUUUCCCUUUUAAGCUAUAGUAAUUGUUUUCAUGGUAGUAGUUUGAAUUAAGAUUGUAUUUGAUGUUGAAUAAGCUCAACAUGAUCUUAUUGUAUGCCCCCUCCCUAUUGGGCUUUGGUGAUAAUGAAUGCUAGUUGAGUUUUGAGGUUGCCCUAUUGAUUGGGUUGUGAUUUUCUAUAAGUUUAGUCUUAUAACAUGGACACUUGGCAUCCGAAAGGCACAUUGCAAUGGCGUACCCAAAGCCGCGCAUGAUCUUAUUGUAUGCCCCCUCCCUAUAGUUGUUUCUCAUAAUACAUACAUAAUUAACCUUUAGGAUGAAAGAAAAUGUCUCGUAGAGUUUAGUAUGUUCUUUAAGUUUUCCCCAAUAGAGAGCAUUCUUUUUUAUAACACUGUUGAUAAUGAAUCUAAAUUUGCUUAAUUUGAAAUGUAUGAAAAUAAUAUUAUGUAUAAGACAUGAUGCUAAGCUGUCACUAAUAGUUAGUUGAAAAAUGUGUUGUGUACGGACUUUCAAAAUUAUUCUCAUAUCGCAGACAUGUAUAUCAACAAUGUAAUAAUUUUCAUGCAACAAAUAUUUUUUCAUGAUAAUUAAAUAAAUAAAAAUGUAUGAAAAUAAUAUUACAUGAAAUAU